CCCCAGGGUGACAUGCAACUCGCCGGAGUGCCCCCCAGCCCAGAUGUGCACUCACAUCAUGGAUUGCGCAGAGCACAGACUCGCGCCCCCCAGCAUCGCCACCCACAGGGUGACAUGCAACCUGCAGGAGUGCCCCCCGGCCCAGAUGUGCACCCACAUCAGGCAUCGCGCAGAGCACAGACUCGCGCCCCCCAGCAUCCCAGGCCAUGGCACGACAGACCACAUGCACAGACGAGCCACGGCUCAGACGUGCACAGGAUCAGAGAGGAACUUCAUUUUGCUCGGAAGGACCUUCGGACCAUGUCCUCUGCAGUGGACUCCAUGGCAGAUCUGGCUAAAGAGCAGGACAGAGCAAACAUGCAGCUGGAAUUCAACAAUCGCUCCUUGCAGGGCACGCUGGGGACAAAGCUGUACAUGGCCAACCAGAAAAUCACUGAGUUGGAAGCAGCUUUAGAAAGCGCAAGGAGAGACGAGCAGCAGAACAUCACGAGAGAAAAGGAAAUCUCCUCACUCCGUGAUGAACUACAGGUGGCACAGACGGGACAAACCUUCUGGAUGGAAACCUGUGAGCAGAUGAAGGCCGACUUUGAGAACGAGCUGAAAAAGCUCAAAUCAACACACGACGCCCAGCGCAGCUCUGAGCUGCAGCAAAAGGAAGCUGAGUGUCAGAAGAUGGUGAACCAGCUGCAGGAGCAGCUCACCGAGAAAGACAACGUGAUCGGCGCCAUCAACAAUGAGCUGUCGGCCAUUUCAUCUGAGCUCAGCCUCAAACAAACCGAACUGGACCAGAGCGUCAACAAGUGCCAGGCUCUGGAGGAGAAGUUCAAAAAGGACCUGACUGAGCAACGCAAGAAAAGUCAGGAAAUGAUUCUGGUGAUAGACCAGGAAAUCUCCGUUCUUCAAGAAAGUCUUGACGCUCAGAAGAAGGAGACAAAAAAAGUCACGGAUACAUUUACGAAAACCCGUGACCAGAUGAAGGCGGACUUUGAGAACGAGCUGAAAAGGCUCAAAUCAACAUACGACGCCCAGCGCAGCUCUGACCUGCAGCAAAUGGAAGCUGAGUGUCAGAAGAAGGUGAACCAGCUGCAGGAUCAGAUCACUGAGAAAGACGACGUGAUCAACACUGCAAGAAGUGACCAUUUGGCCAUUUCUUCCGAACUCAGCCUCAAACAAACUGAACUGGACCAGAGCAUCAACAAGUGCCAGGCUCUGGAGGAGAAGUUCAAGGAGGAGCUGGUUCAGGAAUGCAAGAGAAAAGAUGAAAUUAUUCUGGAGAAAGACCAGGAAAUCUCCGUUCUUCAAGAAACUCUUGACGCUCAGAAGAAGGAGACAGAAACAGUCACAGAUACAUUGAUGAAAACCUGUGACCAGAUGAAGACGGACUUUGAGAACGAGCUGAAAAAGCUCAAAUCAACAUACGACACCCAACGUAACACUGACCUCCAGCAAAUGGAAACCGAGUGUCAGAAGAAGAUGAACCAGCUGCAAGAUCAGAUCACUGAGAAAGACGACGUGAUCAACACUGCAAGAAGUGACCAUUUGGUCAUUUCAUCUGAGCUCAGCCUCAAACAAACUGAACUGGAGCAGAGCAUCAACAAGUGCCAGGCUCUGGAGGAGAAGUUCAAGGAGGAGCUGGCUGAGAGAGAAGAAACCUCAAAGACGAGACUGAAAGAGAUGGAGAAGCUGUGGAUGGAGAAAGAAGAAGCCCUGAAGAGGGCAGCCAGCAAAGCUGAAGAAGACCUGAAGCUUGUGAUCACGGAAAACAUCCGUCUUCAAGAGCUCGCCCUUCAAAACAAGAAGGAAACUAAGAAAGAGAAGAAGAAGAAGGAGGAGAAAGGCCUCACACAUGAAAACAAGCAAAGCAGCAGCAUAGAAGAGGAUGAGGUCACAGAGUCUCCACCGCCGGACGCCAAAAGAGACAAGAAACACAGCGUCUGGAGAAAACAACCAAAGACCAGCGAUGCUGAAGCUGUUGUGUCCGUGUCUCAGGACGAACAACAGGGAGACGACAGAAAGAAGAAACGUCACGGCUUCUGGUGCAGGGCUCGAAAAAUGAUGAGCCGCCGCAGCGACACCACAGCGACAGAAGGUCCUUCAUCUCCAGGACCGUGAACCAUCCUCCUACCCCUCUACCCCUCUACCCCCCCACCUCUACCCCGUUUGUGAAGAUUGUCGGUCAUUCAGAUCAUGGGUUAUGUCCAAAAACAAGCUGGAUGGAACUUGUGGAGGCUUCCUCAGCCCUAAAAUGAGUCGAGUUGACUUCGUUUUCACUUUAUUUGUGGAAAAACUGACUCGAGACCUAAUUGGCAAAAAAAAAAAAAAAAAAAAGAUAUAAUUCUCUAAUUCCUAACACUAAAUUUACAACCACAUUUUCCUCCAAAUUCUACAGAACUUACGAAGCCCCUAAGGGGCCAUGGGAGAAAAGAUGAUCAAAAACUACAUCUCGUGCUCAAGAGAAACGACCUCGUGGAUAUAUAUCAACGCGAUACUGUCUCGUGAAACCCGCAGGAGUGCCUUUAGAGGCAGCCUGCACACGAGAAACUAUCUCGUACAUAUAUAUCAACGCAAUACCAAGAUAUUAUAUAAUAUCUUGUACACAUAUACAUAUAUAUAUCAACGCGAUACCAUCUGGUGCAGUCUGCAGGAGUGCCUUUAGUGGCAGCUUGCACACCACAUGUGUAUCUCAUAUGUAUAUAUAUGACACUCUCGGUAUGAUAUCUCAUGCGUGAGCUGCCCCUAAAGGCGGCUCACGCAUGAGAUAGCAUCUCGAAUAUAUAUAUAUAUGUAUAUAUCAACACAACACCGUUAUAUUAUCUCAUGCGCACAAGAUACUUUUUCAUUGUCUUUCCCUCCAUGGCCUCUUCAGGGCUCCAUAAGAACUAGAUGUGUGAGGAAACGAGUCCAGAUGUUUUUGUUCAACCACUGUGAACUGAGUGAGUGAUGAUCUUCACAGACAACC